AUGAAAAUCUCGCUCUCAGUUAUUCUCCUCUUAUUUGGAGUCCAACUCGUCUCUGCAUCAUUUAGCAGAAUGCAAAAAAUGAUAAGAGCUUUACCUCAAACCAAACAAUUAGACUUUUCAUGUACAACAGCAAUAGACAGAAUUAACAGUGCUCUUCCUGAUUACAAGUCGAUUGUGUCUACUUCUUCCGAUUUUUGGAAUGAUAAUAAGUUCCCUGCUGAUGCAACUUCAAUAUAAUGGACAGGUACUAGAUAUACAGAGAAUUUACUUACUGGUUUCAUUAAUAAUAAAUGGGAGAGAUUAAAUAACUUCUGUCCUACUUGCACACUCUUCGGUACAUCUGAUUUCCUGGGUGAUAUUGAUCAGGGUGGUCUUGGUGACUGUUACUUAUUGGCUGGUGUUUCGGCUGUAGGCGAAUUGAAUUCAAGAUUCGAAAAAGCUUUCGUAAAUCCAGAAAUUAACUGGGCUGGCCUUUACGCUUUCAAUGUUUAUAUCAGAGGUAUCCCUCAUGUGUUAGUAGUUGAUGAUGCUAUCCCAGCAGGAGAUUAUGGAAAGAAGCCAGCUUUUGCUUCUUUUGGAAGUGAUGGCUCUAUUUGGGGUCCUCUUCUUGAAAAAGCAUUUGCCAAGGUAAACAGCAAUUAUGAAGAAAUUAAAGGUGGUCAAGUAAAUGAAGCCUUUAGUUUCAUGGCUAGUGUACCUAGUGACAUUUUCAAAUUAAAUGAUCUCAGCAUAGACUCUAUAUGGACCUUAGUAAGCUAAGCUGAUGCUAAAAAUUGGGUGAUGGGAAUAAGUUCUCCAAGCUCCCCUGGAGGUGACAAAGAUAGAUGCAAUUUGAAUCUUCCUUGUGGUCACGCUUAUUCACUACUCGGAGUUGCAACUGUAUAUAACCAAGAUAGAAGCUAAGCUAUAAAUCUGUUCAAGAUUAGAAAUCCAUGGAGGAAAGAUGCUGAUUUCACAGGUUCUUUCUCAGAUAACUCUACUGUUUGGUCCACUAUUGGAGCUGAUGGUUUAACAUACUCCUAGUAGAUCUAGCUAGUUAUUGCUGAUGAUGGAGUUUUCUAUAUGACAGUAGAUGAAGUAAAAGGGGCUUUAUCUGGUUUUACUAUCGGUAAAUAUACCUAAAACUUUGUCACAUCAUGGUACGAUAAGAGAAAUGAUUAAGUUGCUAACGAAACUACACCUUCUACUUUUUAAUUCACUCUUACUGAAUCAACUCCAAUGUACAUUAGAGUUAUGAUUUAUCCAAAAAGAAUGUAUCCAUUCUCGUGCAAAUCUGACUCUACAAAACUAAAACUUAUCCUCUAGGAUGCAAGUGGCUCAAGAGUAUAAUACUUUUCUUCAUUCGAGUCAAACAAUCCAUACAUAGAUCUAGUUGACACUCCACUUGCUGCUGGCACUUAUACUUUGAAAUUCUACCCUAAGUGGACUAAUGUUGAUGUUAGAGAUUACGGAAUCAUUAUUGAUGCUCCAAUAGACAUUACUAUCACUGAUGCUAAUGGUCAAAUUAGUCGACUUACUGGUCAUGAUUUCAACAACAAAGAAUUAAAGCCAACUGUUGAUUAGGCUCCAAAAAAGUCAAAGCCUUAGCUUCCUGAUAUUUUACAAUCUGGACCUGCCUAUGUUAUGACAGGAGAUCUAGAUUAAGACAUUGUCAACAUCAGAUUCUCAUCUUCUCUACAAAUUACUGACUCUAAAGGAAACGGUGUUUUCCUUUAAGGAUCUGUAUCAAACGUCAAUAAAAAAAGCAAUAGAUAAAUAUUAGCUUAUUUCUUGGGAACUUAAACAGAAACAAAGACAUAUAACGGUUAAAUGACAAUUAAAACUAAGCCAGGAUACUACUUUAAAUAUUCUCUAGGAAACGAUAAAUGUGGCAUUACACCUGCUUCUAAAGCUGGAGAAAAGGAUAUUAUUUAAUGCAGUUGCGUUAUUACGCCUGACUUCUAUCCAAAGGAAUGCCUCCUUGUUCUUGCUACUAGUCCAGGAGAGGGAACAAGCACUUCAAAUAAAGCCUCAGCAUCGUCUUGA